UGAUGGUGGUGGAAAACACUCAGGCACUGCUCUAGAAUCUCCCAUAAGUGUUGAAUCGGGUUGAGACCUUUUAAACCCCCUAUGCUCAUUUGAGACCUCUCUUUCAAAGUCACUGAGAUCUUUUUUUAGACGUGGUCGCCAAAAUAAUGGGAAACGGGGCAUUUUAUACGUGACCCUAAGCAUGAUGGGAUGUUUUAAUUGCGUGAUUAACUCAAACCCCAUCUGUGUGGUUGCAACUGCUUUCAACAUGAAUCCCUCAUUCACUCAAGUAUUUGCUUUUAUUUUGGUAUUUACCUCGUACCUAAUGAAUGUGAUUCAAUAUCAUGCACAUCUGCCAUAUUUUAUUCAUCAAGCAAUAAGGCAUGUAGUGCAUGGAGCCUAAUGUAACUGUCACAUUAUUUGAGCUUUACCAAUCCAAGUGGUUUUGCGUUGAUCAAUUUCCACGCUAAAACUCGGGUAUCCUAAGGGUACUCGCCACUUGGGGUAGCAUGCACCCUUUCAAAACUUCAGUUCAGUCUUCUAUUUCGAAAACAAUGGCUUGUGUAGCUCAAAGGCUGCCCACGUGUAAGGCCUGCUUACAUAGUUUUCUUUCGAGUAUUAAGUAUUGUCAGUCCGUCCUAUAUAUAACUCAAACACGGCUGUAGCUGCUUCAAUUCUCGUUAAAGGCAAUCCACACCAAGGCCAUUAUACCACAUCGAAUCUGAUUUUACUGUUUAAGACAAUGUAUGUAAAUGUGUCUGAUUUUAGCUGAGAUUAUAGUUCUUUAAACCUACUCUGACACCUCUUGAUUGGUUUGAGGAUCCCUGAUGCCUUAAGUUUAUCUAUGCAAUUCAAAUUACCUACCUGGGAGUGGGGAAUUUGUCAGUCAGAGGGCUUAGUCUAAAGUCCCUGUUAUGUUCAUAUGUAUGCAUUGUAUUCCCUUGAUGUAUAAUAAAACCCUUUCCUUUGGGAUAGAUGCAUCACACAAAAACACUGCAUGCCUUCUACCAAUUAAUGAGUCAAGCAAGGUGUCCACAGCAGUAGUUAUGAAGCCUUCCGGGCGCUGCUAACAGAAUAAAUACAUCUCAAUGGAACGCCGGGGGAGUUUCCACCGUUGGUUACCGUUAUCAACAACAGCAAGCCAGGCAACAACAUGAUUGUGGUCCUUGUCUUUCAGUGAAAAGUGAAGAACACUGGAGAAUUGGAGAGCAGUUUAGGCCGGAUAUCGGGAUGAAGCAGGACAUUGCUGCACUGGAGCUGGUAGAAGUUCGAAAGUUACAUGAAUUAGUGCGGAGACUAGAAAUUCAAAAUGAAUCUCUAACGGAGAGGCGAAGAAAUAUCAACACCAAAAACCAGGCUCUCUCUGGUGUGCUUAUCAGCUGUCCCUCUUCACCGGAGGAACAUCUAAAUUGCUGUGAUUUGCCAGACCCUGAACCAGCAGAGGUCAACGGUGGGGAUGGUAUAUCUCCACCUCCUCUUGAAAGCCCCAGAGAUACACUAGUGAGGCAGGAUGGACACGUAUAUGAUGGCUGUUAUACACACUUGCCCCACAGUGACAUGUUGGAAGAGACACACAGGCAGGGAUGCAUAGGGUCAGAUGAGCUGGUGGUCAGGGACACAGAGAAAAGAGCAGAGCACUCUUCUCUGGAGCUAGUGGACCUCCUGGACCUAGAGGAGUGUUGUGAGGUGGAGAAUGAAGUGAGCUGGUUAUAUGAGUCACCCAAGAAAGGGGCAUCUGCCGAGAGAAGUGAUGUGUCCCCUAUAAAGUGGUGCAGACAGGUCCUGGACAACCCCAGCCCUGAAACAGAGGUGGCAUGUCGCACACUAAUUAAUAUCCUGGACCAAAAGACGAGAUGGAGUAGUAUCUUUAGCCGUCGCUACCACAGACGUCCUGUAGCCUUCCCUGACACUGGCCAUCGCUGCAUGGGCUCACCUUCCCCUCGGUACCAGAGAUCAACUGACAGAAGUCAACAAACCAACAAACCUAACAGCUCAGAUGGCAAUGAUGCCAUUUUACCACCAUCAAUGGACGAGAAUGAGCCGAGUUUCUCAGAUGACUCCAUCACCAUGGGCUACAGGCUGCAGGACCUCACUGAUGUCCAGAUCAUGGCUCGCAUGCAGGAAGAGAGUUUACGACAGGACUAUGCCUCCAUCCCUGCUGCCCCCACACCGUUCAGGGGUCCUGGUGCAUCCAUGCUGUCACCUUCUAAUUAUAGCUACAGUGAUCUGGAGUUCGACAAGUAUAGCCUGGAGGACACAGUCGCAUACACACCGCCUCCCAGCCAGCUGCCCCACUACCGCCGUUCCCCAUUGGGCCAGUCACCCAGAGAAAUAGCCAAGCCUGGUUACAGCAGCCAGCUGCCAAGGCCUCCCAGUCAAGCGACUACUCAAUCUAAGCUGUUUAAGAUUGCAAAGAGCAGAAAGGGUCUGAGAAGCAGCAUGUCCAACCAGGAUUCACCCCCUCGCACCAGCCUCCGCUCUCUCCAGGCAGUCAGGAACAGCCGCAACCUGGAGGCCAACGGCCAGCUCCUCACAGACCACCCCACCUCCCGCCUCACCUACCCUGUAGCAGGUUCAACCAGAUCUCCACCAGGUGAGUCUUCAGCCAGGCUUAGGAGUGGUGGCCGAUCUUCAUCUGUUUCUGCCAAAACCUUGAACUCCAGUGACCCCCCUGCAACUGGAGCAGCACGGCAAUCCCUGAGAGAAUCAUUUCAGGCCUUGUCUAUUAGAGGGCUGCCGAGAGCCCAGUCCCUCAUCCCCUCUGGUUUGAGGAUCCCCUGUCCCAGUAAGGACUUUUCAGUUGGAGGGUACCUAUCAAGUCAUGUCUAUGCCUCCCCUGAGAGGUCGACUACCAUGGCUUGGGGCAGACUGGGGCAGCCUGCCAAUAACCAUAAGUAAAAAGGUAUACUCAAUGUUUCUCAGUAAUUCCUCAGUAAAUCUGUAACAUACUCUCACUCAAAAUAACUCCACUUAAUGUAUUAAAGCACAUUAAACAGUG